AUGCCUGGCCUUGGGAGGGGAUUGCUAGAAACCGCCACCACAGGUCCGGGGGUGCUGGAGGAGCUGCUGACCUAUGAUGACCUUUUCCUAGAGUAUUUCAAUGCCUUCCUGGCUCUGCCUGCCUUUCCUUUGAGACUGCGCUACGACCGGCUCAGGGGGCAACUGCAGGAGCUGGACAGCUUCCUCUCGGAGUCUCCCAGCCAGACGGGGAUGAAGCCAAGCUCUCCUCACUAUGGAGCCACUGAUGCAGAGAGGGAAAGGAUCCUGGGCUGGCUGAGGAGGGAGCGCUUACCCCCUUUUCAGAGGACGGCCCUUUACCUGGAGUACAAGCUGGCAAAGCUGCUGAUUCGUCCCCUGGAUGAAGGCUACCCAGUGAGCCGGCAUGAGGUUCGUGGGUACAGCCGUCAGUCUGACAGUGCCACCGUUUCCAGAAUCCCCAGUCAUCCAUCAACAGCUGGGCUGCCCACCGGGGUUCCCAGCCUUGGGCUGUGGAGGCCUCCUAGUCAGACCCACAGCACCCCAGCCCACCUAGGCUGCUUCUCCAGUGUCCCUGACCAGCUGCCCUGGGGGAGCCCUGUGGAGUUCCCAGCUGCCGUGAGUCUGGGACAAUCUCCCUUUGCAGAGGGGCUGAGCAGGCUGCACCUCCAAAGCCUCCUGCCUGACUCUGGCACAGGAGUGGCCAACGAAGGAUCCGUGGAUGGCUGGACCAACGCUGGUGGGUCUGAGAGAUCCCUUGCUGGCCUGACCAGAGCUGCCUCUAGCUCUUCACCCACGGCAGGGCACAUCAAGUACCACCCGGGCAGCAGGCGCCAAGGGGAGCCGGUCUCAGGCACCAGGAAGGUGCUGCCGUUUGACCUGGACGAAUCAAGUGCCUCUGAGGGAGGGGAGGAAUCCUGGCUGCUCCCUGGCUUUGGCCAUUCCACUCUUCAGCAGCUGAAGGAGGACGUGCUGGGGACGAGGGCUGGUAUGGAUGGCUUCAAGGAGUUUCUCCAUGGCACCCUGGGGAUCCACCUCCUUCACUUCUGGAUGGACUGUGAGGAUGUCAUGGAGCGCACCAAGUGCUUAGAGGCCAGUGCUGCCCAGCGGGAGGCCCAGCUCCUCUGUGUCAGCCUCUGCCGGAACAUUCAAGACACGUACAAGCUGAGCCUGUCUCUGGCUUCCCAGGAGCAGAAGUGUGAGGCUCAGGGCAGCAUUGAGGCAACUUUCACUGCCUUCAGCAGGAGCCAGUAUGAUGCUCUGAGACGCCUGCGUGCCUACUGGGUUCCCAGGUUUCUCCUCCACCACCAGAGAACCAGACACCUCAGGGCUGUCCCCACCUCAGGCUCCCAGACUAAGCCUAGGCCGCCCGUGGCAACUGACUUCCUGCCUUCGCUCAAGGUGUUUGCGUCGCUUCCUGUUGUGGGUGGCGGAUGCAUGAGCUGCACGAAUAGAAGCGCAGACUGGUUCAGUCUUCCGUGCUCCGGUGCAAGCUGGCGAGGGAGGAUUGCAUCAGCUCGGCAGCCAGACCUCCCAUGGAAUCUCCCUGACACACCGCUGACCUCCCACCUCCUCCAAGCACUAAUGUGUGAUCCUGGGGCUGGGGGGAGCUUUCUUCACUACCUGACCAGGUUUGAGGAUGCUCAGAAGGUCCAUAACUUCCAGCUGUGGCAAGUGCUGGAGGAGCACCAGGCUGCUUGGGAGUGGCAGGCAGACCGGCUCCAGCCCCACCGCUCAGCCUGGCAGAUCUUCCAUAUGUAUUUGGUGCACGGUGCGCCAUAUGAUGUCGGGCUCAGCUCCAAUCUGCCACAUUACAUCCAGCAGCUUCAGGAGAUGCUCAGCUCCAGCAACCAACCUCUGGAGCCUUUGGCCUUGGAACCAGUGGCUCAGCAUGUGCUCGCUGUUCUCUGUGAGGCCUGGCUCCACUACCUCCGCCAUGAGAUAGCCACCUUCCUGGAGUACUGCCUCCCAGCCUCUUACUUGGAAGUGCAGGAUGUCAGGAGCAAAGACAGUAGAAUAAAGCAGAGAAGAGACAGGGCCAGGAAGAAGAAGGAAAAUACUGGCUUUCAUGCCCAGAAAGGCAGAGAACAGCAGAGGAGGUGGGGGAAGAAAGCAGCAGCCAAGCCGCAGGGCUCAGGCCACACUGGCCUGGCAAGCGGGGAAGGGUCAGUGACGCCCCAGCGUGCCCUGGAACUGCUCAACAACAAGGUGGUUUUCAAAGCCUAUAGAAAGGCGGCUCAGGAAAUGCAAGAUGCAGGGCUCCAGAGGGUGCUAGGGCUGUUGGAGAAGCUGGAGCGGUGCCGGGCAGCCCCAGAGGGCAGGAAGCGGCUGAGCUGUGUGCUGAAGCUCCUGGACCUCUUUGAAGGGGCUGGGCCGCUGAGCCCUCAUCUCCCCAGGGAGCUGAGGAAGAGACUGAGGACAGAGGUGGGCCAGGGAGCAGUAAGCGACUCAAGCGUGGAAGAAAUCCAAGCUGCCUUGUAUGCGCACAUUGCUUCGGCCUUUGAGAGCUUCUGGGCUGAGGUGAGCAAGGGGCUGGACAGGCACGGAGUACAGCCUUCCCGGAUCCAAGAUGAGGGCUGGCCCAAGCUUCAGCCGCUCCUGCAUUUGCUGGCUGCCAAGGUGGCCCUCAAGCAUCUAAGGACCAGGAAAGCUGCCGGGGGGUUAGCAGCUACAGCCCAGCCCAGCCAGGAAGACAAGGCCUCCUUCUGCCAAUUUCUCAGGGCUGCUGCUGAAGGCUGGCCCACCCUGGAGAGGCUGCACUUCCUCAAACACCUGCAGGUCCAUGGUCCCCCUGUGCUGGAGCACGGCCUGCACUUCCACCUGGAGGUGCAGAAGUUCAAGAACGCCCAUCAUGCCAUGCCGGACAGGGCUCUCCUGAGGAAGAAGGUGCAGGUGAUCCGCAACUGCUUCCUUGUCUCCCAGCUGGAGCCCCGGCUGCAGGUAGGCCUCAUGCUCGGACACAAGAGUAGGGACGGGGCAAACAGACUGUCAGGCAGGCCUAGGGCAAGAGAGGAGGAGCUGGGUCUGAAGUAUUAG